UAAAAAAUAUGAAAAGCAAAGAUUUAAAUAUGUAAAAUAACAAAUAUGUAAAAUUUAUUCGUAAGUAGCAAGGAAUGACUCAUUCGAGUAUUCACAUAGGCGUUACUUGCAUCACUAGAAUUUAAGGAAUGUGUGAAAAGAAAUGUCAAAAUUGCCGUGUAAAUACAUUUGAAGCACACGUACUUUUAUUGAAAAUUAAAUUAUUAAAAUUAUUAGUAAGUUACUAUAUAUAAUAACAAAAUGAAAUUACAAGUAAAAACUUUAAGUCAAAAGCUUAUUUCUGUUGAUAUUGAUGAAUCAAAAACAGUUUAUGAUUUGAAGAAGGAACUCGCGCUGUCGCCAAUAGUUGGCGUGCAGCCUGAAUUGCAAAAAUUAAUUUAUGCGGGUAAAAUUUUGACAAAUGAAGAAGUACUAAGUCAAUGCAAUAUCGAUAGUAAAAAAUUUUUGGUUGUUAUGGUACUUAAACAACCGCAAGAGGAUACACCAACAUCAUCGAGCGCAAGUGCUGUGACUAAUGUAUCAGAAUCGACAGCUGAAAGCAACAAAAAAACUGAAGCACCCGUUCCAGCACCUGCUGCCGCUACAACCAAAGAACCUACACUGUCAUCUCCUGCAGCCGUAAGUAAUGAAGAACAAAUGGUGCAAAAUAUUGUUAGCAUGGGUUACCCUGAAAGUGAAGUACGUCUGGCGCUAGCCGCCAGCUUUUUUAAUCCGGAACGCGCCAUAGAAUAUUUAAUAGAGGGUAUACCAGCUGCUGCAGAAAGCGGUAGUUUAGCGGAAUAUGGUGGAGAGGAUACCGUUUCCCCUUUAGAAGUAUUUCGCGGAGAUCCACUAUUUCGCAGCUUGCGUUCCGCUAUACGGCAACAUCCCGAAAUGCUUGAUGAUGCUAUCAUACGCAUUGGCGAAUCAAACCCGGAAAUUCUUGGGUUAAUAAAUGACAAUCAAGAUGAAUUCUUGCGAAUGCUAGUUGAGGACUCGGACGAAGAAGACGAACCCGGCCAGGGUGAUUAGCAUGGGGUAUCGACCAAAAAAUUAUAAUUAUAAUUUUUAUGUAAUUGUUUUCUUAAAAUUAUAAAAAAUUAUAAAUUAUUUAAAAUUAA